AUGAACUUAACCGUAUUCACUCCGACUAUUCCUCCCAUUUCCUCCUCUCUUAUUCCUUCCAAUUCCUUGAUGCCUUAUUCCUCACCAACCCCCUCUACUUCUUCUCUUUCAUCCAGCUCUUCCUCUUUACCCAUCUUUCCUCCCCCAUCCAACCCUCCUUCACCCUCAUCCUAUUCUCUUUCAAAUAUCCUCCCUCAUCCUCCUAUCCGGACCUCACGGUCCAGUACUCCUACACCUCUCCCACCAGCAGAGCAGCUAGCUGAUGGCGGGCGAGUCAUCUUCUCCGGACUGCUCUAUGUUGACACCGGGCAAACGGAUGUUGAUGGUUAUAAGCCACAAAGUAAUAAAAAAGAAAGAAAAAAACAGUUAACUACUGAUUAA